AGACAAUGUAUACAACAUCCUAAGCAUCUCCCUUUUUUUUUUUUGGUUAUCUCGGCCUCAUCAACAUCAUGUCGAGGAGCAGCAUGAAGCUCGAGUUGAUUGCCGAUGAUGCUGCUCGGAAGACAUCCCUGAAGAAGAGAAAGAAGGGCUUGUUGAAGAAGGUGCAGGAACUCAGCAUCCUAUGCGAUGUCGAUGCAUGUGCGAUAAUUUACGAGCCAGAUGAUCGCCACCCAGAGUUAUGGCCCUCAUCCGAAGAGGCUACCCGGAUGCUCGUGCGGCUCCGAAGCAUGCCAGAAAUGGAACAGAAGCAGAAGAUGAUGAACCAAGAGGAGUUCCUCUACCAGAAGAUGAGGAAAUUGGUAGACCAACUUCAUAAGCAGGAGUUCGAGAAUAAGGAGCUGGAGAAGAAGCUAAAGAUGUAUGAGGCACUGAGGACGGGGGACUUCAGUGAAUUGGACAUGGAGCAAGCCAUGAACCUGUCGAUGAUGAUCGAGCAGAUGUUGAAGAAAAUCUAUGAGAAGAUGGACGCGAUCAAGAAGCAUCAAGCAGCAAUGGCACGGGUUGACGGAGUAGUGCAAGAGGGUGGGAAUGCGGCUGGACUGAACACUCCGAGGGAGAACACCCCAACGGAGAAGGAUAACGAGAUACUCCAGAGGCAGAAGCAGAUGCUGGAUAUGAUGAUCCCGAGGUCAAGUAAAACCUAUCAGCCUUCUGCGGGUCCGACCAACCCAUGGCCGGCUAAUUCCUUGUUCCCCUUCAAUUGAACCCAUCCUUGGCUUUCAUCAUCUGUCUUGUCUAGUGUCCUGUGUUUCGGACAACUCUGAUUAUCGAUGAUUAAUAAAAAAAUAUCUUGCCUAUA